AUGACGCUAGUAGUGUUAUUUUGAAAACAUGCAUUUAUAUAAAUGUAUGGAAUAUAUGAUAAUGUUUAUAAUUAAUUAAAUUAAUUAAUUCAUGAUAAUGUUAUGUUCUUUCUUGUCACUGUACACAUUGAAUAGGUGCAGCAUUUUAAUUGGGAAUGUGAAGAAAUGAAUAACUAUAUACAUGGACAGAAGUUUCAAGUUAAUACUUUUAAUCUCUUUAAAUUGACAUCUAAACAAUUGUAUAGCUGUCAUUAUAUACAAUUUAUAUAUACAUAAAAAUGCAUUCGAGGAAUGAAUAUCGACGAUCGAUAGACGAAUACAGACCUGCAGUACCAAUUAAAAGAAAAAUUGGUGUUUAUUGGGUCUUGGCUGCUUUGAGAAUUAUCUUAACACUUAUUCCACAAACAGGAUAUAUUCAUCCUGAUGAGUAUUUUCAGUCUAUUGAAGUUAUAUCUGGAGACCACUUUGAUAUAGAUGUUAAUAAACCAUGGGAAUUCAAUUCUACAUUUCCCAUAAGAACUGUUUUAAUACCACAGAUCAUUGUUGGUAUACCAUGUUCAAUAUUAAAUAAACUUUCACAAUAUACACUUUUUUACUUAGGUAUCUCAUUAAAAUCUCCAUAUUUUCUUGUAUCAUUUCCACGGUUAUUAAUGUGUGGUCUGUCUUUUAUAUCAGACUACUGUCUGUAUAAAAUAUGUUACAUGUUUGGACAAAAUUACAAAAUAAGACUAAUCACUUAUGCCAGUUCCUAUGUUAUGCUUGUUUAUGCAACACACACAUUAUCAAAUAGUGUUGAAUUAGUUCUUACAGCUUUAUUAUUAUAUUACACAUCACAUUGUAUGGCAUAUUCAGAAAAGGUAGUUAUACAAAGUGAUUACCUAACAGAUAAAUAUAACAAAGCAAAAACUGGAGUAGACAGAGUAAAAUACUAUAAACUUAAAGCUUCAUUGCCCUCACAUUCUUUAAAUAAUUGUUUAGAAAUUGCAACAGUGACUGUGAUUGGCAUAUUUAAUAGACCAACAUUUAUUGCAUUUGCAUUUCCUCCAAUUUUUUUUUGGCUACAAAGAGGCUUAGGUUCAAAAAGUGUAGGCUUUGGAGAUUUUCAUAUUCGAAUAUUUACCUUCAUUGCUUGUGGAAUACCUACCACUAUUUUUUUUAUCAUAGUUGAUAGCUUUUAUUUUGGUUACUUAACAAUGGCAGAAAUAGGUAAUCUUGAUAUUGGCAUGAACAAUUUUGUAGUAACUCCACUUAAUUUUCUCAAAUACAAUGCAAAUACUAAAAAUCUACAGAAUCAUGGUUUACAUCCACAUUAUAUACAUUUACUUGUGAAUGUACCUCUUUUAUACAAUAUACUAGGAAUUGUUGGUCUCCUUACAUUUGGAAAAAUGUUACGCAGUGGUUUGAAAGCCAAAUGGUUGGAUUUACCGCGUAUACAAAGUGUUGUUGGUUUAAUGACAACAUCUUUUAUCAUACCCAUCAUGUUGUUAUCAAUUUUCCCUCAUCAAGAACCACGAUUUAUAAUACCGACAUUACUACCCCUAGUUUUCUUGUAUGCACCAAAUAUUAGCCAAACAUCAGGAGUUGAUACCAUUUCACGAAUUGCAGAAAACAACGUGUAUCAAACUGCUUUUGCGCCAAAAAAUAAGCUUAGUAAACUACAAAUAUUUUGGUUCAUAUGUAACGUUUUGUUAACAUUUUUUUAUGGUUUUGCUCAUCAAGGUGGAGUUCUGCCUUUAACAUCUCACAUAGCAACCGAAUUAAAAGCAAAACCAGAUCUUACCCACAUACAUUUAUUUACAUCCCAUACUUAUUCUAUACCAACAGCACUUUUACAUUUGAGAAAUACUAAGAAAACUUAUGUAAGUAGUGGCAAUCAUAAAUAUAAAUUAGUUAACGAUUUUCAUCUUUAUGAACAUGGUUCAAAAUCUAUAAGAAAUAUAUGUAACAGCAUUGCUUUAAAACUUAACGAAUGUGAUCAUAACUAUGUUACCAACAAUGUACCAUAUAGAUUAUAUUAUGCUCUCCCUGCUACAGAUUUAGAAGAAUUCAUGUUUAUUCAGAAUAAUACAAAUUUAUUUAACUAUCAUAUUGUAAGUAAAUUUUAUCCGCAUGUUACUGUUGAAAAAUUACCAUUUUCAAAGAUUAUUAAUAGUUUUGUACGUUUAUCAAAUAUAAACAUAAUUUCACUGCAACCGUUUAGAGAAACAAUAAAUGAAAUACUUGAUGCUUUUCAACAAUUUCAGUUGUUAUUGAUACGAAUUGAAUAUUUAAUACCUAAUAAGCAUAAAAAUAUACGAACAUCAUAA